AUGUUCUGCCUCCGCAGCUGGCUCCCGCUCCUAUUCAUCCCGACCAACGCCUCGCCCGCCUUCAUCUUCCUCUUCUUCAUAUGCACCUACUUCCUCAACCGGCCCUGCGUCUACUGCUCCCUCCUCCUCCUCAUCCUCUUCCUCACGUCGUGCAACUGGUCCGACCGGUGCUUCUUCGACUUCAGCAGCGACUGGUUCCUGCCGCGCCCCAGCGCCGCCGGCUCCCAUGCCGACGCCUCCUCCCUCAACGCCACGAUGCUGCACGCGGCCAAAACAACCGCCCGGACGCUGGCCAGCGCCGCCGCGGGGGAGCUCGCCGCGCGGCGGGCCGAGUGGACCGGCUUGGGGGUUGAGUGGUUGCGCACGUUGCUGGGGAAGAGGGAGUGGAGGGUAGAUUGUAUGGAUAUCUAUAUUCAGUUGUGA